UUGCUUUCUCUAGACUAAUGGGGCUGUGUCCUCAGGACUAGUGGUCACCAGGAGAUUAAGUUUUAUAUUUCCAGGCUUAGCCCCGCCCUAGGGGUGGAGGGAAGCUGAGUGAAGUGCUCUGGAGCGCAGGCUUUUCCUCUUCUCUUGCUUCUUCCCUGUCUGAUAUACGAUCUGCUGUUGAGCAAGCUGGUAGGCCGCUGCGAUGGGGUCCUGCUCUGAAGAUCCUCACUUCUGCGGGGCUGUCUGGCUCCUGAGAUUCCUCAGCCUCCUCCUUGGCAUCUGGAAUUCUGGAGCUCUUGGUUCUGGAGCAUGGGAUUCUGGAGCCCACAGUUUUCUGAAGCAGAUCCGAGGAGGUUCUGUCUUGUUUCUUGUGAACAAACAAGCUGAGCCGGAGGAGAUCUCCUGGGGCUUUGGUCCUGAGUCAGACUAUAGAGUAAUGAUGCGUGUCAAAAGAGGUGCACACCCUCCAACCUGGGUCAGUCUCCAGGAGAAGUACAAGCAGAGGGUCCAUGUGCCCAACAUGACAUCCCUGAAGAUUGAGAAACUGACCCUUGCAGACAGUGGGCAGUACCGGGCUCGGGGCAGCAUAGCUGGAGGAAGAGAAUUUAACCAGGUGUUCCACCUCACUGUGAAUGAGCCUGUCCCCCAACCCCAGAUCCUGACCAAGCCACCAUCCAUGACCACAAGCUGGUGCAAUGUCACCCUGGAAUGCACAGCCGCAGGGGCCACAGAGGACUUGAAUGUGACCUGGGAGAGCAAGGACCUCCCUGGAGGGCUGAAGCUGAGAGGGACAUGGGGACCUGUCACCAGCACCUCCACCCUGGCUGUGAGCCUGCCCCUGAGCCAGCCCACUGCCAGCAUCACCUGUGGGGUCAGCAACUCCGUGGACCAGAAAAAUGUCACCUUAGACCUGGGGAGAGUCUGUGCCCCUGUGAGGAAAACAGAGUCACAUGGACUGGCCACUGCUAGCCUCCUGGGAAGCAUUCUCGGGGCCUUUGGGGCUGUGCUGUUGACCCUGGGAGCUGGACUGUACCUUUGGAAGACACGUGGGAAGAAGAAGAAGAUGGAGCCUGGAAGAGGUGCAGAUUUGCAGGAGGGCUAUGGGGAUGAUGGUGGUGGCGUCCACUAUGCAGAGCUGAGCCAGCAGGAGUCUCUGGAGGAGGGUCAGUGAGCAACAUCUGGAAGAAGAGGCCAUCACAACUGUCUAUAGUGAGGUCCGUAACCCAGGCCAGGCCAUGAAGAUAAUUUGAUUGGAGGAAACAGGAGAAUCUGCCAUUCCCUUGGACGUCUCCAUUCAGAGCCUGAUGCCCUGUAGACGUCUGCUCUUCCAGCUCUGGUCCGGCUCCAGCUGCCCAUAGCCUGCAUACUCUGAUCCCAUGAUCUCAGCUCCCUCGGCACACACAGCCCUUUCCCUUCUUCUGCUCACCUCCUCUUGCUUCCAGCCCCCCACAAGCUGCCCUCUCACUAAGUAUCCUUACCCUUGUUAGCUGAGCACUCUUCCUCUUUGACAUGGCUCCUAAAAUCCUCUUCCCCAGAAACCUCCCGAAAGAGCCCUGGAUGACUGUGCAUGUAGCAAAUUCCCAUGCCUCUUCUCUGUGACUGGUGUGUGUCUGAGAACGCGAGCCUGGGCAUAGGGACUUUGUGGGGGUGUUGACCACACUGUAGAGGAGGGACUUAGAACCUGGGGGCUGGAUGCUGAGUUGGGGAUCGAUGAAAGCAGUGCAGGUGGGUAGGGACCCUCAAAGGGGCUGGCCUGAGGCUUUCUUUGCAGACCUUGUGUAGGGCUCCCUUGGGGGUGGUGGGCAGUGUGUGUCUAUGUGUUUGUUGGGGGAGAGGGUGUAAGGUGUACACUGUGCACCUGGACCACAGCCCUCUUUCCUCACCACAUGUACUAACCUGGAUCUAAAUUUCAGCUUGUGAACCCCAAACCCACUUUCCCAUGUAGUGAGAAGAGGAAUUGGUAGUGUAUCAGUCCUUUCCUUGUCUUCUGCUUCCCAGGGUAGACCAAAGUUGCAAGUCGACUUAGAAAACCAGCCUCUUCUCUUCCCCUGGCCUGGUAUAGGGGCACUUAGUGGUGAGAAUAGAUGCACAGUGUCUGGAGACCAGGGGUACCUGAUUCCCCUUCCCGCCCCUAAUGGGUGAAGUCUAUAGGAAGGUCUGAUCCAGCUCUCUCCAGCCUGUUCUUCUGGGUCCCUAUCCCCACUAGUGCUGGUUCAAGCACUAGGUUACCCUCCUCUUUGCUCAGAUGUAUCCCUCUACCUGCGUUAAUUGUUCCUGUUCCCUGCUCCUUACUCCUGACGCUGCUUAUUGAAAUUCAACCAAUCCUGCCUGAAGCCCCUUCCAAGCCACAUUUUCCAUGGAGCCUAUCUGGAUCUCAUAGUUUUGCUGUUUCUGAUGAAAUUCCUGAAUACCUUGAACAUCACUUAAGGUCCUGCUACCAUCUGCCCUGGGUUGGAAUCAUGAGCCUACUUUCUGGAUUUAACCUGGGGCUCCUUCUGGAGAGUGAUGGGACUGUGGGAGGCCACAGCCAAGGAGACAACACCUCUAUCUAUGAAGGGUCUGGGCCACCCUCCCUCCCACUCCCUUGGGGCCACAGCAGAGGGAGACCCAGAAUACAGAGGCUACUGACGGUCCCUCUGGUGGCUCCACUCAGAGACAGAGAAGGAUGUGAUGAUGUCCCACGACCCCACCUGGCCCAGAGUUCUGAGGUGGGGACUUCCCCAUUUUACCUCCAAUCUCCUAUUGCUUGAGGACUUGCUUUAGCCUGCACCUGGGUGUGCGGGUGCUUUCAGCCUGAACCUAGGUUUGUGGGUGUUUUCUCCCUGCCUGGGGGUCCUCAUCUCCUUGCAGCCCCUGCCUUCUGUCUUGGGCCCCAGUUCUUGUGUCAGAGAUGGGCUGACCCUGGUGCCCUGAGCUGUUGUGGGUUGUCUGGUGGCCUAGAUACCUGGGUGUCUUGGGUCUCCUCCCAGCUACCUCAUUUUUGACCUCUGAAAGCAGAGGUCUGAGUGGGGUCUCUGUUAAGGGCUUGAGCAUUAUGAAGCAAUGCUAGCAGGCUGUUGGAUGACUGGACUGGUUGUAUAAUAGGGCCCUGCCUGUAACAUCGUGUCCCUCAGUCUGAGCAGAUAGUUGAGGGAGAGAUGCCAUCUCCUCACCCAACUUUCCAGAUGACCAGUUGUGGCUGGGCAUCAAUGCCCAGGAGCAGGUGAGAUGUGACCAGCCAGUGGUCCUUUCUGUCCCACCAAGGGCAGAAGGAAAACAAGGAAAAGAAACAGACUUUCUGAGCCUAUAAUGGGCCAAAUUUGUCCCAGGCACUUAAUAAAUAUUACUUGUUAAAAAUUCUUAUAAGAACUCCCUAGGGUAGUUAUGAUUAGCUCCAUUUUGUAGGUGAAGAGACAGGAGCCCUCAACUAGUUGUUGGCAGAACAUAGUCUUAAAUCCAACACUGGAUGAUUCCAAAGUUCAUGUCUUACUCCUUCACCACAUGGUCACCAAAGACCUCGGAAUCCUGGGAAUAUCCUCUGCUUGUUUCUCUUCUUUCACCCAUGCAAAGUGCUUGAUUUGCUCCCAAGGACCCUGGCCUUGCAACUCAGGUGCCCCAAUCUGGAUGGAGCUUACACUGGUGGCUGGCUGAAAGAGAAAUUUUCCAUUAAGUAGAGAAUGGGAACUUGGUGGGGCAAGAGAUGUGGAAUGAUGUACUCAGCACUCUGGUACAGAUGAGACAUCAGAGAGGAGAUGACUCUUCUCCCUCUUGGGUCUGUUUCCAGGUUUCUUCCUUCUCCAGGCAAGGUGUGUCCUGAAUGUCAGCACCCUCACCCUCAAACCCCUAUUCAUUAUUAUUCAUAAUAUCAUUCAAUUGGUUUUACGUGAACCUUUUAUGUAGAUCUUAAACAAUUCUGUUAGGCAGAAAUCCUCAUUUUACAGAUGAAGAAACUAAAAUUCAGAGAUGUUAAGUACCUAAUGCAAGUUCUUUUGAGUAGAAUGUGUGGGAGGCAUGAUUUGGGCCCACAUCUGUCUACUCCCUAUUGCAAAGCAUUAUGGGGUUCACAGAAGAAGAUAAUUUCACUAAUCUUGACACAUCUCCCUCCUCUCAGACACCCAAACCAGUCACCGUGUUGCAUUGGGUUUUCCUUCAUAAAAUUCCUUGUAUUCCACCCUCUUUUUAUUCCUAUCCCUCACCCUAAACCAUGUACCACCUUCCUCUCAGUCCCCUAUUACCCCCUGAAACUCCCUUUUAUCUAGCCCUCAUUUUAUCAUUCAUGCCUGGACUAUUUCAUCAUUCAUCAACCUUUCCUGUCUUACUUGUUUUCCCACAAACCAUUCUGAGGCAAUUUCUGAAUUCCAAAGGCACUAAGUCCAGGCUCUAUCACUCUAUGUAAGCCAGGCCAAUCAGUCAUUAGCUGGGAAUUUGGAAACUGAGAGUAAUGGCCAAAUCCCUUUGGAUGCCUGGACCUUAAGAUAUAAAACCGAAUAUGUUGGUGGCCACACUUCUUACCACAUACACCUGAGGAGCAGGGCAGCUGGUCUGCAGAGGGAAAUAAUGAGAUCGACUCACCGAGAUGAGAAGGGAAGAGAAUAUCUGAAGGGCACUUGAGUUCCUGGUUGCAGAUAUACCUGCGGGCCAGCCACAUUCCCUUAGAUAAUGCAACAUGGCUGGAAAAGUAAUGUCACACUGACUUCAAACUCAUGACCUCAUUUGGGCCCUGGGCUCCGAACUGCAAUCUGGACAAGCAUCUGUAGUCCACUCCCUCUUAUGCUUUCCUAGAUGACCAUGUCUUAUCUUCUCAUCUCUCCUUGAACCCCAAUGCCCCUUCCCUGCACUCAUUCUCAGCGGAUUACUUUGCCUCUUAUUACACUAAGCAUAUAGAAGCAAUCAGAGAAGUCCCACAAGGUCCCUCACCACACCUCCACUGCUCCCUGCAUCUGAAGCCAUACAUUCUGCCCUUGUCCAUGUGACCAUAACCAGUUUUUGCUCCUAUUAUCUGGUGUUCCUCUCGAGAACCAGAUUCUAUCCCCACUUGCCUACUCAGUGAUAUCACACCACAAGUUCUUCCUUGCGUUAUUUAAAACAAACACCGAACCUCUACUGGAUUAUCUUUAUCAGCAUAUCAGCAUGCUGUAAUUUCUCUCAUUCAGAAAGUCCUAGGGACUCACCAAUUUUUUUCUGCUCUGCUUUAUAGAAAAAUUAUUGGAAUUAUCUGCAUUUUCUGUUUCCAAUCCCCCUUUCCCCUUUUCUUUUAAAAUAUAACUCAGAUCCCACAUAAGUCACCAUUUUAAAGCCUACAAUUCAGUGGUUUUUAGUAUAUUAACAAACUUGUGCAAUCAUUACCACUACCUAUUUCUAGAACAUUUUCAUCAUCUCAAAAGUAAUCCCCUACCCAUUAGCAGCCUCUUCCCAUUACCCCUUCUCCCCAGUCCUUGGCACACCCUAAACUUUCUGUCUCCUUGGAGUUGCCUCUUGUUAUUUCAUAUACAUGGAUCCAUGCAAUA